UCACACCCCUUUUGUGCUUUGUGCUUGCACCACCUGGACCACCCUUCUGGCACUGCCGAUGUCAUCACACUGCACUACACUACAGCAAGCAUCAGCACCAAGCAAUCACCAGGCACACCGGCAUAGCAUAGCAUAGCAUCACCUUACAGCAGCCCAGAUUCAGCAUACAUCCCCCCACAGACGGUCCCGAAACAGAACAACUGCCAUGCCAAAGCCACCAUCACACCCUCGAUACCAAGCCGUGGCGAGGUCGGAACCGUAUCUGAGCAGUGCUCACAGGAGCGGUGGCGGUAACAACCAUGGUGGAGAUCACGGCCGUAGUGGGCGUGGGAGUACGGGGAGGAUGUAUCACCCUGCCGGGUCAGUGAGCACAGCGGGGGUGACAUCCGGGGUUCCACCGGCGCAACAACAAUCAGCGGCCCCGCAGAAUUUUGGGUACGGUCCGAACACCGGGAUCGGCACCGGGUCUGGGCCCGGAGCUUCGGGAAUGAUGAACCCUCAAUAUGGGUCCGAAUUUCCUGCGACAACGACAACAUCGACCCCACGGACAAUACCUCGGAAUUUCGGUCAACAAUCAUCACCGUCGUCGUCGUCGACUUACGGACAGUCUUUUGACUCGCCUUUGCAGGGGCCGAAUCAGCACAACAGCAGCCCCUCUUCAGCGCCAAACUUUCAGCUGACAGGGUAUCAGCACCAUCAACCACCGCUGCAACAGCCGCUACAGCACCAAUCGUUACAGCAUCACCGUCAACACCAACACCAACAACAACAACACCAAAGCCCCACUAUCGCCAACCAGAACACCGCCCACCCCCACCCAACCCAGUUUCCUCCUCAACCGCAAUCGCAACCACAACAACAACAUCAACCACCAAGCCAAUCGCACCACCACCACCACCACCAACCAUCGCAAGCCUCACCAAAUCCACCCACACACAACCAACGCCCCGGCUCUCCAAACCACAACCCAACAACCUCCUGGACCCCCCGCGAAGACUCCCUCCUCCUCUCCUCCCGCGCCUCCCACCUCCCCUGGUCCGAGCUUCAGCGGUUACAUUUCCCCGGCAAAACCGCCAACGCAUGCCGCAAGCGGCACGAACGCCUCAUAGAAAAACAGCAAGCAGAAGAGGAAGUAGAUGAAGAUAGAUUGGCAAGGAUAGCGGGGGAGUAUGUGAGGAUGAGAGAGGAGCUGUGGAAGGGGUUGGCGGAUCGGAUGGGGAUGGAUGUGAAGGAGGUUGAGGAAAGGUGUUUGGGGAUGGGGGUGGGGAGGUUGAGGGUUGGGAGUCGGCAGGGGGGACGGAGGAGGGAGAGGGAUGGGAGGAGGCAUGGGGGUGGGGGAUCGUAUCCGGUGGUUGCGACGGGGACGGGGAUGGGGAUGGGGAUGGGAAUGGGAAUGGGAGUGGGAGUGGGCAUGGGUGGUGGCGGGAUACUUCCAGCACAGGGGCAACACCAGCACGGGUUGGAUGGGCUCUACGGGGCGGUCGCCGACAGGAGCAGGACCAGGACCGGGACCAGCUCCGGGAAUCGUGGGCCCGGGACCCGGAGCGGGGCCGGGGAUGCCCGGACAAGGACACGCAUUGAACAUGCUGCCACCAUCAGCCGUACCACCGUUGACCACACAAGUCCCCAUAUCCACGGCGACCUCCGGCCCAGGCAUGACAGUCCCGCCGCCCAUGCCACCGCCACUGCCACUAACAAUCUCUCCGCCCGGUAUGCCGCUGAACCAACACCAACAACACCAUCAGCAACCCGGAGUUGCAUUCGGAGGGUAUCUCAACGGACGAUCAACCUCGACCGCGAGGAGACAGACGGCGCAAUCGCAGUCGCAGUCUAUGUCAUUGCCAUCUACUUCCGCGUCGCCGACGAUCGCCUCGAGGUUACCGUCGAACGCCAUGUCCAAUUCAGAUUCUUCAGCAGGGCCAGGGCCAGUCUCGACGCGCCUCGGUACUGCACUCCUGCGGCACACAUCAACGACCACGACCACAAUGACAAUUGGGGACAAGUGCUUACUGGGGCCGGCCGCCCAAAAGACGCUAAAAUGAAGCUAAUCUGGCGAACCCCAGUCCCAACACCACCCAACACCACCCAAGAGACACUGCUCAUCGACCCCGUCUCCGACAGCGCGGCAGCAACCCUUAAGAUGGCGACUCCCCACAAGAGCUUCGCGCGCGCUCCAGCCAGAUGA